AAAAAAAAAAAAAAAAACCACUGACAUUAUUAGAGUGUUGUAGAGCGAGAGACAGAGCGAGAGAGAGAACACGUAGGAAAGAAGAGGAGGUUGGUUCUGUAAUGGCAUGGCCCUCUCUCUCCUCUCCACUUCCCUCUCUCUCCUCUCCACUCUCCUCUUCUUCUUCCUUCUCUCUCCUCAAAACCCUCUCCUUCCUCUUCCCCUAGCCCCUCACACUCACAGAUUCCUCCUCGAAGAACCACCACCAACCUCCAACAAUGGCGGCGGCGGUGGCUAUGGCGGCCUCAGCUCCACACCAUUGUUCCUCUCAAUCCCUCUACUCUCUCUCCUCCUCCUCCUCUACUUCUACCUCCUCAUCAAGACCGCCCAGGACCACUUCUGCCUCGUCACCACCAAGCUCUCCUCCCUCCUUAAUCUCUCCCCCAGCAUGGCCGCCGUCACGCUCCUUGCCCUCGGCAACGGCGCCCCCGACGUCUUCGCCUCCCUCACCGCCGUCCGCCGCGGCAACUACAGGACGGGGAUCGGCGCCAUCCUCUCCGCCGGUACGUUCGUCUCUGCCUUCGUCGUCGGAUUCGUAGCGAUCCACGCCGCGCCGUUCGCCCUCAAUCCGGCCACCUUCGUCAGAGACGUCUCGUUCUUCCUGAUCGCCGCGCUCUUCCUCUUCUACGUCUACCUCAGCGCCGAGAUUUUCCUCUGGCAGGCCGUCGGCUUCGUCGCCUUCUACUUGUUCUUUGUAGGGUUCGUGUUUUGGAUGGAUUUGGGGACGGUCGGCGCCGAGGAGAGAGAGAAGAGCGGGGAGGUCGAUUUUCCGAGGAAUCUGACGCCCGUGGCGACGCCGGAUUGUGAGAUCGGAGAGGGUUUCGGGGAUUCCGAGGCGGAAAAACCGAGUUUUGGAUUCCGGCGAGUUCUGGGAAUGAUAUCAAAAGCUUGGGAGCUACCUUUCUCUGUUCUUUUGAAGCUCACAAUUCCCCGUACUGCGCCUUCCGAGUGGAGCAGAUUCUAUACAUCAGCCAAUAUUGCUCUUUGCCCUGUGGCACUUCUCUAUGCUGGCAACUCAUUCAUUCCGUUUGAUCAUCCGAUUUAUUUCCUCCUUCCACACACCCAUUUCCCGCUUUGGCUUGUUGUACUCUUUGCAAGCUCCUCCCUUGCUCUUCUCCACUACAUAACGGAAAAAGAACCGCCCAAAACAGAACAAAUGCCUGUUGUGCUCGUAGCGUUUGUGAUGAGUGUUUUCUGGAUAUCAACUGUUGCUGGAGAACUGCUCAACUGCCUUGCAACUCUAGGGUCCCUUCUCAAGUUGCCACCUUCACUUCUUGGGCUUACUGUUCUCGCAUGGGGGAAUUCAGUGGGUGAUCUCGUAGCUGAUGUUGCAGUUGCUAAGGCUGGCCACCCAGAGAUGGCCAUGGCUGGGUGCUUUGCUGGGCCAAUGUUUAACAUGCUCGUUGGGCUCGGCUCAGCUUUGGUGAUACAGACAACCAACCUUUACCCUAAAGCUUAUGAACUGCAUUUCCAUGUCGGGAUUGUGAUUGCAUUCGUAUUCUUGCUUCUGAGCCUGAUGGGGUCUUUGUUGGUGAUUACAUGGAACAGAUUCCGGGUGCCUAGGUUCUGGGGAUUCUGUCUUGUUGGUCUCUAUGUUGUUUUUACGGCCGUGAGCUUAGUUAUUGCCAAGUUCUCAGGGUGACUUUGUUAAUAUACUGGAAUUAGCUUUUUUGAUUGAUAGAUUACGUACCAAUGGGAAUGAGCAAUCCAGCUACCGCCUAUCAUUGCAGCUUGUGCACGCCACGGUUGAUGAGGACUAUGCAGAUACGAGCACAUUGUUGAUUGCAGAAAAAAGAAUGGCAGAAACAUUUUUAGAUUGCAACUGGAGGAUAAGUUGGCCUAUUAGCCCCUCCAAGGGAGAUGAUGUAGCUUAUAGCCUAAUUAAUGUUUCUUAGAAUGUGUUGUCUUUUUGGAGAAAUCUCUCUGACUUGUUGAGAUUAAUGGGUAAUGAUACUUGUUAAGAAAUUCAGUUGUAAUAGGAAGAAUGUAUACACGACUGAUUCUUUGCUCUGAAGAACUUGAAGCAUAGUUUUCUCUCAUUUAGUGGCUUUGCACUUUCGCACGCAAAUUCGAUCUUGGAUUGUCAUGGCAAAUAAACUAAAACAAAAUAAAAAUCAAUCUUGGAUUGUGGGUGAAGAUCGAACUUGAUAUUUUUGUUAUUCAUCUGCAUAAAAACGAGGUUGAGGCCCACUGCUUGCAUG